AAAGCCGUGUUCUUUUCACCGUCCUGCAUUUCACGAUAGCAUUUUGAUCUGAGAGUUCAAAGAAAAGUUUUCAUUUUGUGUGAGAGAUUUCGGAGAAAAAGUCAUCGUUUUUCAGCAGUUUGAAAGAUGAAGUUCAGAAACGUGUUCUUGUUGCUCUUUGCCUUAUUGGCAAUCUCGUUUGCUUUACCCUCGAACGUGGAGGAAAAUGAGGAGCAUUCGGCCAGCAACGGCGAAGCAGAUGAAGAAAAAAGAUUAUUUGGCUUUGUGGCUAGAAAAGGAUUGGGUUAUGCGAUCAAGGCUGUUUGCAAAUAUGGACGCUUACCCGCUAACAUCAAAGGUCUAUGCGAUGAUUGUCUUCACUUAAUGGGAGAUGAAGAGGCAAAAGUCGAGGAGGAAAAAAGAGGGUGGUUCAGGCGGCGCAGGCGUAGACGCAGAGGGUGGUUCAGUCGGCGCAGGCGCAGAUCCAGUGGGUCAGUGCGGUCUGCAGUUUGCAAGUUGAAAAGCGCGGUGAAGAAAGUCUGCAACGGAUUUCUAAUUAAGCACGCAAUCAAAAAAUUGCAAAUGUGUUAAGAGAUUCAUUUAAAAGGAUUUGGGCCGAAGAAAAGUGUAAAAGUUACAAAGCAAUCAAAAAGAAAUAUUAUAGUUGAUUUAUAGCGCCUUGUAACGGUAGAGGUGAAUAAAUAAAAGUAGUAUCUGCAUCAA